GUGGUCAAAUUUUAGUAUAAAAACGAAACUUCUAAGCAAUAUUAAAAUUAGUUCGGUCUGUAGUUAAGUUAUUAGAGCACGUCUUUAAAUAAAAAAAAAAAGAAAAUAUGGCAAAAUUUAUGAUUAUUUUGGCUUUAACAAUAGCUAUGACAUUAGCUAAACCAUUGAAUUCAGGCUACGGUGGUGGUCACAGCAAUGUUGGUUAUGGUGGUGAUGCUGGUGUAAAUCAUCUAGGUGGAGGAGUUGGAGGAGGUCAUGGCGGACACGGUGCAGGCGGAUUCGGUCCACAAGUAUUACCUGCACAUGGUGGUGGUCAUCAAGCUGCUGUUUUACCAGCUGGAGGUCAUCAUGGGGUUGGCCAUCAUGGUGCUGGCGCCGGUGGUUUUGGAGGUGCUGGUCAUCAUGGUGGUGGCGCUGGUGGUUUUGGCGGAGCUGGCGGUGCUCAUCAUGAUGAUGGCUUUGGGGGUGGAGCACAUCAUGGUGGUGUUGGUGGUUUAGGAGCCGGUGCUCAUCAUGGUGGUGUUGGUGGUUUAGGAGGCGGUGCUCAUCAUAGUGGAGGAGUUGGACAUGGAGUUGGACAUGGAGACCAUGGUGGAUAUGGACGUAAAGGAUAUUAGAUUUAAAAGAAAAGUGUAUACAGUUGUGAAGAGUGAAAAAUAAAACUAAAAAAAUAAUAACAAAAAUUUC